AUGAGCUCUUAUUUCGUCAACUCACUGUUCUCCAAAUACAAAACCGGGGAGUCCCUGCGCCCCAAUUAUUAUGACUGCGGCUUCGCCCAGGACCUGGGCGGCCGACCCACCGUGGUGUACGGUCCCAGCAGCGGCGGCAGCUUCCAGCACCCGUCGCAAAUCCAGGAGUUCUACCACGGGCCGUCGUCGCUGUCCACGGCUCCCUAUCAGCAGAACCCGUGCGCCGUGGCGUGCCACGGGGACCCGGGCAACUUCUACGGCUACGACCCGCUGCAGCGGCAGAGCCUGUUCGGUGCGCAGGAUCCAGACCUGGUGCAGUACGCAGACUGCAAGCUCGCCGCCGCCAGCGGCCUGGGGGAGGAGGCCGAGGGGUCCGAGCAGAGCCCGUCGCCCACACAGCUCUUCCCCUGGAUGCGCCCGCAAGCAGCCGCUGGACGCAGGCGAGGCCGACAGACCUACAGCCGCUACCAGACCCUGGAGCUGGAGAAGGAGUUCCUAUUUAAUCCCUAUCUGACUCGCAAGCGGCGGAUCGAGGUAUCGCAUGCGCUGGGACUGACAGAGAGACAGGUCAAAAUCUGGUUCCAGAACCGGAGGAUGAAGUGGAAAAAAGAGAACAACAAAGACAAGUUCCCUAGCAGCAAAUGCGAGCAGGAGGAGCUGGAGAAACAGAAGCUGGAGCGGGCCCCGGAGGCGGCGGACGAGGGCGACGCGCAGAAGGGCGACAAGAAGUAG